AUGAAAAGACUCUUUGAGGUAUCAGGAAAUGGACCAUCUGGUAUCUGCCACGAUAAUCCGGGCCAGGAGGAGGAGCAGCGGCGGGAGGCGACAGCUGCCCGGCCUUGGGAGCGCGGCGGAGAGGGGGCUGCAGCGCCCGGGCGCCCGGCCACUCUCGGCGGCGGCGGCGGGGGAGGCGGGGAGCGGCGCGGCCACCCGGGAUGUUCCCGGGCACUUCCUGACUGGCUGGCAGCGCGCACCCGGCCCGACUCGCACGCCCCCGGGCCCCUCUCGCUCACCGCUCGCCUCUCGGCUGCUCGCUUGCUCUCUCGCUCGCUCGCUCGCGCGGGCCCGCUCUGCGUCGGCCGCGCCGCGGUGGAGGCGCGCGAGGGGAACGCGGCCCGGGAUGAGCUGAUUGCGGGAAAAGACACCGCGGACCGACCCCGAGAGGCCGCGAGGAGCCGCAGUUCGAGUCGUCGCUCUGCCCUUGGAUUUGAGACCAUGUCCAUUCACAUCGUGGCGCUGGGGAACGAGGGGGACGCGUUCCACCAGGACAAUCGGCCGUCGGGGCUCAUCCGCACUUACCUGGGGAGAAGCCCGCUGGUCUCCGGGGACGAGAGCAGCUUGUUGCUGAACGCGACCAGCACUGUCCCGCGUCCAGUGUUCACUGAGUAUCAAGCCAGCGCUUUUGGGAAUGUGAAGCUGGUGGUCCACGACUGUCCCGUCUGGGACAUUUUUGACAGCGACUGGUACACCUCUCGAAAUCUAAUUGGGGGCGCUGAUAUCAUUGUGAUCAAAUACAAUGUAAAUGACAAGUUUUCAUUCCACGAAGUAAAGGAUAAUUAUAUUCCAGUGAUUAAAAGAGCAUUAAAUUCAGUACCUGUGAUCAUUGCCGCUGUUGGUACCAGACAAAAUGAAGAAUUACCUUGCACAUGUCCACUGUGUACCUCAGACAGAGGGAGCUGUGUUAGUACAACUGAAGGGAUCCAGCUUGCUAAAGAGCUAGGAGCUACCUACCUGGAGCUCCACAGCCUCGAUGACUUCUACAUAGGAAAGUAUUUUGGAGGAGUGUUGGAGUAUUUUAUGAUUCAAGCCUUAAAUCAGAAGACAAGUGAAAAAAUGAAGAAAAGGAAAAUGAGCAGCUCAUUUCAUGGAAUUAGACCACCUCAACUUGAACAACCAGAAAAAAUGCCCGUCUUAAAGGCCGAGGCCUCGCAUUAUAAUUCCGAUUUAAACAACUUGCUGUUCUGCUGCCAGUGUGUGGAUGUGGUAUUCUACAACCCAGAUUUGAAGGAUGUCGUGGAGGCCCACAAGAUUGUACUCUGUGCCGUAAGCCACGUUUUCAUGCUGCUUUUCAAUGUGAAGAGUCCUGCAGAUAUUCAGGAUUCCAGCAUCAUCCGGACUACCCAGGAUCUCUUUGCUAUAAACCGAGAUGCUGCCUUUCCAGGUGCUGGCCAGGAGUCCACAGGCAACCCCCCGUUGCGAGUCAUUGUGAAAGAUGCCAUCUUCUGCUCCUGCUUAUCAGACAUUCUGCGCUUCAUUUAUUCAGGUGCUUUUCAGUGGGAAGAAUUGGAAGAAGAUAUCAGGAAGAAAUUGAAAGAUUCUGGGGAUGUUUCAGAUGUUAUUGAGAAAGUUAAAUGCAUUUUGAAAACACCAGGAAAGAUUAAUUGCCUAAGGAAUUGCAAGACAUAUCAAGCCAGAAAACCUCUGUGGUUUUAUAACACUUCCCUCAAGUUUUUCCUUAAUAAACCCAUGCUUGCUGAUGUUGUCUUCGAAAUACAAGGUACGACAGUGCCAGCCCACAGGGCCAUCCUGGUGGCCCGCUGUGAAGUGAUGGCAGCCAUGUUUAACGGGAAUUACAUGGAAGCAAAGAGUGUUCUGAUUCCAGUUUAUGGUGUUUCCAAAGAGACUUUCUUGUCAUUCUUAGAAUACCUCUACACAGACUCCUGUUGCCCAGCUCAGAUAGAUGAGCAGUGGUUGAGCACCUCUUUUGGGUUAGUUCACAUGUCCUAUCCAGGGAACUGCAUGGUGAUAAUUGUAGGUACCCUGGAAACAGGGAUGCUUGAGUUUCACCACUCUGAUUGCCUUUCAACUUGGCUACUUCAUUUCAUUGCCACUAACUACCUCAUCUUCAGCCAAAAGCCUGAAUUUCAAGAUCUUUCAGUGGAAGAACGCAGUUUUGUUGAAAAACACAGAUGGCCAUCGAAUAUGUACUUGAAGCAGCUUGCGGAAUACAGGAAGUAUAUUCACUCUCGAAAAUGUCGUUGCUUAGUGAUGUAACCAGAGCUUUUAUAAACGUACACUUUUUUAUUCUUAUGAAGACUGGGAUACUUCUGUGUUCCAGAAAACUUCUUGUGACCGAAACAAAUAUGGAUGUUAGGGGGUGGGAAUCCAUGUACAGCUUAAUGUGUCUGUUAGUUCUAUUUGAAAAAACGACUCAUAUUUUAAAAGGGAACAGAACAUCUAUAGGCUAAAACUAAGGCUUUACUCUAGUAUAUAAAGCUGUUGUGCAGCUACUUUUCCCUUUAAGAUGCCCAUUACUUUAUAGUAAUAGCCCACCCCAUUGAGAAAUAUGUGGACUUUUGAAAAAAAUCAUGCAAGAUUAAUACAGAAAUUUCAUGACAUCUGACUAAUGGCUCUUUUAAAGUAAGGAGCAUUUGAAAGACCCAAUUAUGACUGCUUUUACAAUGAGAAAUUCAGGGGAAGGACUGAUCAGUCUGAAAUUUUAGAACUAGAAAUUUUCCUGGAAUUCUGAAAGUGAAAUGCUACGUGGCCCCAAAUCAGUGCUGUGACAGUGUUUGAACCAUAAUGAAAAUAAUCUGGUUUCGUCUGGACAACCCAUGUGAGCCACCUGUAUCUUUUCCCUGAGAUUCGGAUUAGGUAGGAAACCUAAUUGGGCUUUGCUUUAUGACCAUAUAGUCUGUGCAGCCCCAUGGAGCUCCAUUCUGGAAAGGGCCCUGCUUGGCCACUACUCUCCUGUUGCUGCUUCGAAAUCUUAAUGUUUGGGGAAAAGCUCCAUAUUUUCACUUUGUGCUGGACUCCAAAAUUAUAUAUAUAUCACCUAGCAGGGUAUGUACUUUCUUUUCUCGCUCAAACAUCAUUCUGUCUGAAAGUCAAAAAGAGGCACUGUUGUCAAGGGAAGAGGAGGAGCCCCUGAGGGAAGAGUGUAAAUGGGGUUUCCCAUCUUGGGGUGGCCUCUCUGCCACCUCGCCACCUCAUCGGGGAAGUGGAAAAAUGUGUCAUGUUGUCUUAGCUUUAAAACAUGGUCUGGCUUUAUCACAGAUGAACAAAUACUUUCUUGGUAUUACUCAAAGACCAGGAUGUCAAAAAAAGUGACUAAUAUGACUUAAUAUGCCUUCAUAAAGGUGCUCGUCAAGAUGCUUAUAUAAAGAGUGAAAGAUGCUUACGAGAGCCUUCACCGUUGAAGGCUUACGACUUUUGCUUUAGUGCAUUUACUAAGAUUAGGAUUUCCGUGGGUUGAAUUGUUUGAGUUCUUUUCAGAGAAUCACAAGGAUAUUUGAUGAGAGGUUACAGGAAUCUUGUCCUUCAAGAUUAACCAGUAAGUUCAAAGAAAGAAUAAAAAGCCGACACUUGUUACAUGUAGAGAAGAUAGAAGACAGAAUAUAGUUUCCUUUGUAUUACAAGUCAACAGAGAAAAUUACAUCAUAAGCCUAAACUGAGGGAUAGAAAACCAGAUUACUAUUUAUUGUUAGUAUCAUCUUCACCUAUAAUUAAUUCAUUAUUGAAAUACAUAUUUUUUUAAUUUCCCAUGAAUUUAGAAUACACCUAACUUUUUCAACCAUUCAAAGGUAUGAUUAAACAAUUCUAUACUGUAGUAUUAAGAUUACAUAGCAUGUAAAAACAAAGAUUACAUUGCAUGUAAUCCUACAUGCAGUCUUUAGAUGUAUACCAACACCCUUAGAGUAAAACAGUUAAAAAUUCCCUACAUAAAUUUCCCAAGAAACCUGAUUUUAACUGAGUGGUGUUGAAGAAGAUCAUGGGAAUGCAUUUUAUGUGUUUGUAUUUUAAUCCUUUGAGUUAAUCAGCUAUCGACAAAUCCAUGGACAAGGGUUAGCACUGUAAAGUAUAGAGCUGUUGUCUGUGUCUAAAAACUCAUUCACAUAUAAGAACUUCUAAAAUGUAAUGAUUGUCUUUUGUUCUUCAUAAGCACAUACUUCCUUACCCUGAUGUGAGUCACAACACUUGAAGUUCUCAAUCAGUAACUGUUGAUCUAGAAUGUUGAAAAGUGUAAGUUUUACAGCAAGUUUUACAGCAAGACAAAGUGUUUUCUUGCAAAUACGAUAUAACGUUGGAAUAGACUGUAGAUCAUUUGUAGGUGUCUGAGUAGAGGUUGGUUUGGCGGCUGCCCUGUUGAUAUCAAGCAUGCAGUUUUCACAAACGUUCAUUGGCGCCUGUGAGAGAGACAGCCUUGAGAGGUAGAUGCUCUGGUUCUCCUGAGCUGGUCACAACAGUUAUCAAAUUAGUUUUUAAACCUAAACUCUUCAGUACCUUUGAAUUCACUCAACUUCAAAUAAAAAGAAAUUUAAAAAAUA